AUGCCCUUCUUCUCGUUUAAACUUUCUCGAAAUUCCAAACAACAAGUCGAUGAUGAUCUCUCUCAUUUGGACUCGACAAAGAAAAAUUCUACAAGGUCCAAAACCGCUCGUGCAGCAAUAGUGUCCAUUCCGUCAGAAUUAUGGUUACACAUGGCACAAUUUAUCGGAUCAUUGAAAGAUUUGUUAUCUUUUGCAUCAUGUCAUUCCAUCUUGUUGCAACUUUUAUUUAAUCAGAAUAUAAAAUUGAAACGUAGUCCACAUAAUGUUGUUCAAGUAUCACCACAGACUUUGGAAAUGCAUUUCGGAGAUUCAACCAAUCAUGAACACAAAUCUCAACUUUUAAAUGAUGAAAAUGAUUUGUUUCAAGCCACUCAACAACAAGUUUGGAAAAGUUUGGUGUGUUAUUAUUUUCCAAAUUUUGAAAAAUCAUUGAAUGUGAAAAAUUGGAUGCAUGUUUUGAAACGACGCAUUCAACAUUUGAAACUUUACACUCCUCAAAUGCUUCCUUUAAAACCUCAAACUUCCUCAGCACCUUUUGAACUCAUUUCAAGACACACCUCAACACCCAAAGGAGAUGAUUUAUUUAUUGAGAACUGUGAAUGGAUUUACAAAUGUCCUUUGAAAUAUGAAGAACUCAACGAAGGAUCCUCUCAAAAUUUACCAGAUGUCCAAUUUUGCUCUGUCUGUUCCAAGAAUGUGUAUUUAGUAAGAAAUCAGUUCGAGUUGAAAGAUCAUGUCAUGAAAGGAAAUUGUGUAGCAUUUACAAGUGAGGAACCUUCUCUACUCCCGCAAGUGAUGGGAAGCAUGGUCUACAUUCCUCCCAUUAGUCCAUCUGCUUUCUUUAAUGUUCUGAAAUGA